AUGGAGCAGCCGGCCAGAGACAGGUCACCAAGAGGCCGUUCUCAAACGAGAAGAGGAGUUUCUUUGCCUGCAACAACCGGAUAUGCCCCUGGAAGUGCAAACGCCUCCGUCCCCUUUGUCUUCGAGGAGCAACUCAAUCGAGUCCGAAUGAGCAUGGACACUUUACAAGCAGAAGUUGGCAAGGCAGUUCGAGAACUUGCAGGUCACCAGAAAACUCUUGUUGACACCCUUGAGCGUCAGCAGCAUGAGCUGAAUGAUUUACGAGCCCAAAGAGUUCCAAUCCCUCCAAGUGCUUCUCAGUCAGUGGCGGCUGCCAAUGAGGAUCGCUUCGGUGCCAUGGGAGAAACCAGUCCUUUUACUUCUGGACAAGACCCGCCCAUCCAAUUGCCAGUGAAUGCUCAGCAAGGUGCAGGUGGACUUGCAUCGGCGAUGCCAAAUACUGCAGUGAAUGCGAGCUCAAGCACUGGACAUGGGGUAAAAAUUGUCUUACCCGAUGGUACGGAGAUCCCCUUGGGCGGCCAGUCAAAUGCCGCGGGUCCUAAAGUUCCUGGAUCCACACAGCUAGAUGCGCUGCAGAGAAGCGACAAGUGGCUGCCUAGCAUGCCCGUGGUCGAGUCGAAUCGGUGGAAAAGCCGAAUGGAGGAGAUUUUGGGCAUGGAACAGUGGCUCGAUUCAUUUUGCAAUUGGCUAUCUUUGAUUUCAGAGCCAUUUUGCACAGAAGUGAAGUUUUCCGCGACUUCUCCGCUGCCAAUUGACAAGAAAGAUUUGUCAACUGACCAGAUUUCCCGAAGCUCCAGGCUCAUGGCAAUGCUUCGCCAGACCUUCCAGAUGACUCCGCGAGCCAAAAUCAUUCUGCUUGCUUAUGUAGAAGGCCCUGGAGAUAAGAACGGGUAUGAGGCUUUGCGAAGGAUUGUCCAAGAAUACAUGAUCAAGACUCGUGCUGAGUUGAUGCAUUUCCGCACAUCUUUGCUUGGCCAAACUUUCAAAGCUCAAACAGUGACAGAGGUAAUCAAGCAAAUUGAGUUCGAGGAGAGCCGGUACAACAAGCUUGCUCGGAUGUUGCCCUCGAAUGUACUAGCUUCCGAUUUGGCCCUGCUCCCUAGUGAUUUGGUGAUGGUCCUCAUCAAAUCCUUGCCUGUUGGUGUGAGGGAAUAUGUUGUCAUGCAUAGCCCAAGCCAUGACUAUGUGCAAAUGAAAAAUGCCGCUUUGUUGUACGAAGCCAACCAGAGAACUUGGACAGAGAUUGCAGGCAGCAGUUCUGCCACCUACAUGCAUGGAAUGUUUGACACGAAUGACAAGCCGAAAGGAAAGGGCAAAAGCAAAGAUGGUAAGAAAGGAAAGGGGAAAGCAAAAGAUUCAAAUAAAGGUGCAGCUAAGGGCAAUGGUGAAAAGUCAGAGAACGAAAGGAAUGCCACGUGUUUCCGAUGUGGUCGCACAGGCCAUUUCUCUUCAAAUUGUCAUGCCAAGAAAGACAAGGAUGGCAAGCCGCUUGAAGGGAAGCCCGCUCCAAAGAAAGAUGGAAAGGGAUCUGGUGAAGAGAAAGGUUCCAGCACAGGUCCUCAGAACAAAGGAAAAAGCAAAGGAUCCAAAGGUAAGAAAGUCAAUGAAAUGCUUGAGCAGCCUGAAGGCGAAUCGUGGCCUACCAAUGGUCCAGCUGAAAGUCAGGGUUCCAAUGGAGAUGGCAGCCGUGCGUCAGCUGCGAAGCAAGCAGCAGCCCCUUUGAAUCCCAUUUUGCCUACUCAGUCUUGGUUUGAAGACACGAUCGUGCAGUUUGAGCGAGAGCAGAUCACAGAAGAGCAGUUCGAUUUGGUCCACGGAUCAUUUCUCAUGGAGGAACAAUUUUCUACUGAUUUUGAUUUUUCAUGUUUUGGAAACCCAUCAGAUUUGUGGAGUAAAACCAAGCAUGUUUGUACCAUGUCAGCUGCAGUUUUCAUGCCAAUGAUGCCAGAUGUCCCAUCAGAUUUGCACUGGUGGCUCAUUGAUUCAGGAGCAUCAGCCUCUGUUCUGAGUUCUCGCUUCCUGAAACACUAUGAAGUAGUAAAGAAUCAAGUGCUGGGACCAGCAACCGGCCCUGGGUUUUCAUCGGCAAGCGGUGAGACAAUUCAUCCAACUUCCCUUGUUUGCUUGAAAGCAUUUUUCCGCUUGACGUCCAGAGAAGAUCCUUCAGACACCAUGUUGAAAGAGUGCUUAGUUUCAGCUUUUGUAGCAGAUGUUCCCAAUAAUGUUUUGUCAGUGGGCAGCUUGCUGCGAAAGGGUUGGUCAUUAAGCAGUUCCGGAAGUGAAUUGGAAGUGCGCUUUGGAGGAUACAAUUUGGACUUGGUGACAUGGCAGAAUGUGCCAUGGAUUUUUCACGAAGUUGAGACGGUCAUGGACUUUUCCGAUGAUCGCGAUUUGCAGAAGACAUUUUGGAGCCGUCGGAAAAUCCAUGAUGGUCCGGUGAACACGGUUGAGCAUUUGAGCGAAACUGACAAAUCCAUGUUGAUGACAACCAAGAGACAGCCAGAUGUUUCAUUGGAAGAACUUGACCCCGCUGCUGCAUCCUCUUCUAGCCCAGCAUAUGUUAGUAGUAGGCCCGUUUCCGAUAGUGAAUCUCCAUACCGUGAAAGCCUCAGUGUGGAGCCUAACUCUGUUCCGGAUUCGAGAGAGCCUUUUGAUUAUGAGCCCAAUAUGAUUGUAGACACAAACACAGGAUUUGCAUCCAUUCCUUCAGAAGAGUCUUCAGAGCAUCCAGCUGUAUUGCGAAAACGAGACUUGAAUAAAUCCAAGCUUGAACAACACCGCCGUCAAGGCCAUUUUCCAUUCCAUGCAGAUUGCCUUUCUUGCCAAGCAGCCAAGUCCACGACCCACCACAGAAGAAAGAAGAAGUCGGUGUUGAGCAGUGAGAUGGCAUGUGAUUUUUUCUUCUUGAACUUGGAUAAAGCAAACAAAGAGUCUUUCAAGUAUCUAAUCAUGGUAGAUUUGACCACUGGAAUGAAAGGCGUGGCCCCUGUCCAGUCGGACAUUCGUUUGUCGCACCGAUGGAUACAGGCCUGGCUUGGCGAAUUCAAUAUGUCCACAGAAUGCUCCGAGCCAAUUGAAAUUAUCACGGACGCAGAAGAAGCUGUUUCAAGUUUCAUGAAAGGUGCCAUCAACCACAGGCCAGCUUCAUUUGUCAAAGCGCCGCCGCAAGGUCACCAGACCAUUGGUGGAGCAGAGGCUGGAGUCCGAGCCAUUAAAGAUGCGUUCAACACUCUUCGGCAAGACUUGCGUGAGAAUGGCUGUGAUGUUUGCGUCAGGAAUCAGACAGCUGUGAAUGUGCCAGCUAGCUUGAAGAAAGAUUGCAUUUCCCGAUUUGAGAAGGCAACGUAUUUGCGACCUGAGUUCAACUCAUUGGGGGAUGUAGUUUGUACUGUCAUUGGGGGGCAAGAACGUUUCUUUGUUUGCAAGAGCUUUAAGAUUGUUUCCCCAUUGGAGUGGGACAUCUCCUUGUCUCCAUCUGUUUUGCAUUUUUUCGACCGGAUGCAGCCUGAUGUUUCCAUUGAAGAUCUCUCCGCAAAGAUGUCUGUGCGACGUUUGAGUGGCAAGCAGAAGCCACCGCCAGGCCUGGGUGAAGCUGAUCAACCCGUCCAGCAGAGGUUUCCAGACUUUCCAGCAAACAGAGAGAAACGAGUUUCGUUUGAUCUUCCAAAGAAUCAACCCAUACCAGAAAGUCUCCCAGUUGAAGGGGGUCAACAUCUCGAUGAGAAUCCACAUGAUGUUCCAUAUUCGCCCAGCCUUGCACCCAGUUCUCCAAAGGCGUUGGACGAGCCAGAAGUCAUCCAUGACAUGGAAGUAGACGACUCUGCUGACGGAAUGGUAGAUCUAAGUGAAUUUGCAGCUGCUGGAGGCGAACCUACAGCCACGGAAGCUAUGGAGCUAGAUUUGGUAACAGCCUUGGAUAACUUUGAGCUUUCGUAUUUAGAAGAGCGUCACAUUGGCAUGUUGCAAUCGGUUUAUCAGAUCCGUGGAGUGAAACCCAAGAGCAGCAAGGCAAACCUUUGUGGGGAAGAAAUCUUACUUUUGUUUCCUGGAUAUGUCAUCAGUGACGCCAAUGGCCAAUAUCUUGACAAAGACCUUGCGUAUGCAGGGAUGCACACUGAAAUCGAUUCCAUGACCAGUCAGAAGGUUGGCAGACCAAUCCAUGAGCAGGAAGCCCAGCGUCUUGCCAAGCAAUGGCAGAUUAGUAUAAUCACUUGCCGAUGGGUUUGUGUUGAGAAAGAUCCCUUGAAUGUUCGCAUGCGACUAGUUGCACGGGAAAUGGCAAAAGGAGAGUUCAGCCCGUGA